GGCCCAGCGAGCCGGGCCAAGGGGCAUGCGCGGAAAGCCCCGCAGGCCGCGGGGGGACCGGGACGGCCGCGAGGGUCAUGGCGCAGGAGCGGGGCCCGUCCGUGCUGUUCCUGCACCCGGACCUCGGCGUGGGUGGCGCCGAGCGGCUGGUGCUGGACGCGGCGCUGGCGCUGCAGGCGCGCGGCUGCAGCGUGCGGAUCUGGACGGCGCACUACGACCCGGGCCACUGCUUCUCCGAGAGCCGCGCCGUGCCGGUGCGCUGCGCCGGGGACUGGCUGCCGCGGAGCCUGGGCUGGGGGCGCCGCGGCGCCGCGCUCUGCGCCUACGUGCGCAUGAUCUUCCUGGCCCUCUACGUGCUCUUCCUCGGCGACGAGGAGUUCGACGUGGUGGUGUGUGACCAGGUGUCUGCGUGUAUCCCGGUGUUCAAAUUGGCCAGACGGCGCAAGAAGAUCCUGUUCUACUGUCACUUUCCGGAUCUGCUUCUCACGAGGCGAGAUUCCUUUCUGAAGCGGCUGUACAGGGCCCCCCUCGACUGGCUCGAGGAGCACACCACGGGCAUGGCUGACUGCAUCCUGGUCAACAGCCGCUUCACAGCUACCAUAUUUAAGGAGACGUUCAAGUCCCUGUCUCACAGAGACCCCGAUGUCCUCUACCCGUCCCUGAAUGUCACCAGCUUCGACUCAGCCGUUCCUGAGAAACUGGAUGACCUCGUCCCCCAGGGAAGGCAAUUCCUGUUCCUCUCCAUCAACAGGUACGAACGGAAGAAGAACCUGGCGUUGGCUCUGGAAGCCCUGGUGACGCUGCGUGGAAAACUGGCGGCCCAGGACUGGGAAAAGGUCCACCUGAUCAUGGCGGGCGGUUACGACGAGAGAGUCCAGGAGAACGUGGAACACUAUCAGGAGCUGAAGGCCAUGGUCCAGCAGGCAGAACUGGACCCGCACGUGACCUUCCUGCGCUCUUUCUCGGACCAACAGAAAAUCUCUCUCCUGCACGGCUGCACAUGCGUGCUCUACACCCCCAGCAAUGAGCACUUUGGCAUCGUGCCAUUGGAGGCCAUGUACAUGCGCUGCCCGGUCAUCGCUGUCAAUUCAGGGGGCCCCCUGGAGUCCAUUGUGCACAGCGUGACGGGGUUCCUGUGUGAGCCUGACCCCGUGCACUUCUCGGAAGCCAUCGAGAAGUUCAUCCAGGAACCUUCGUUGAAAGUCACAAUGGGACUGGCUGGGAGGGCCAGGGUGAAGGAAAAGUUCUCCUCAGAAGCCUUCACCGAACAGCUCUACCAGUAUGUCACCAAGCUACUGGUCUAGAUUGUUCUAAGGUCUGGGUGCCAUAUUCAUCGAGGCCAUUUUUAUUCCUGGUAGCUACAGUUUUGAAACCAUUAAAGAAACUCAGAAUCUAUCGCCUGUAUGAAUGUAGGACCAGCUGGGGGCUACAAGGGCAGGACGUUGGGUGGGGCACCUGCCUUGCACACGGCCAACCCGGGAUCAGUUCCCAGCACCCAAAACCCAGCAUCUGGUUCCCCCACUUUUCAGCAGUGAUCACUGAGCUCCAGGCCAGGAAUAGGCCCUGAGCACUGCUGGGAGUGGCUGAGAAACCCAAAAAUGAAUAGAAUAGGAGAGAGAGAGCUCAACAGACUGAGCACGGGCUUUGCCAGCAGGAGGUCAGGGUUCCAGUCGCAGUGUCUCAUGGUCUCUCUUCCCCACCCUUGUCCCCCGGCACUGCCCAAAGCAGUCCCCGGGCACUGAGCUGGGAUUCGCCCCUGAGUAUCAUUGUGAAUAGCCCUAAAACCAAAAUAUAAAUAAAUACUUGAAUCUUCAA